AUAUUCAGGCUGGACAAGACGAGGUUCCACGUGAUCGGAGCCGUGCUGCUCACCGCGCAGCAAGCAUUGCUCCAUCCGACGGCGGUGGUGAAGACGAGAAUGCAAGUGGCGGCCGAGGCCGGGAGAGGGUUCUCCGUGUUCAGGAGCAUACUGAGGAGCGACGGAAUUGCAGGGAUUUACAGAGGUUUCGGGACUUCCGCAAUUGGAUCGCUGCCUGGCAGGGCUUUGGCACUGACGUCGCUAGAAGUCUCCAAGGACGUGACGCUGAAGUACCUGGAGAAAUUCGACAUGCCGGAGGCAACCAGGCUUGGAAUUGCAAACGGAGUUGCGGGGAUGGUGUCGAAUCUGGUUUCUUGUGGCUACUACGUGCCUCUGGAUGUGGUGCGACAGAGACUAAUGGUGCAAGGGCUUCCGGGGACAACAGUGUGCCACGGGCCACUCGACGCCAUCUACAAGGUGAUCAAAUCCGAAGGGUUUCGAGGUUUGUAUAGAGGUUUCGGACUAACAACAUUGACACAAUCCCCAUCUACUGCUCUGUGCUGGGGCGUUUAUGGCGCUUCACAACACCUUAUCUGGAGGGCUUGUGGCUAUGGAGAUGAAUUAACAUCGAAGGUGGAGAAACCGUCUCAUGUUGAGAUGAUUGCAGUUCAGUCGGCAGCAGGGAUGGCAGCAGGUGCUUGUUCGUCGGUGAUCACUACCCCAGUGGACACUGUCAAGACGAGACUCCAGGUGAUGGACAACUAUGGUGGUGGGAGGCCUUCGGUGAUGAAGACGGUGAAGAACCUUGUUGAGGAGGAUGGAUGGUGGGGGUUUUAUAGAGGGGUUGGACCGCGGUUCGUGAACAUGUCGUUGUGUGGCACUACCAUGAUUGUUACGUACGAGCUCAUAAAGAGACUUUCGGUAAAACAACAGAAUUAAGAUGGCGACGACGGGAUCAGAUUUCAAUUGCAUGC